UCGCGACGUGAUCGGGUUAAGGUAGAGGGCAGCCAAGGGUUUCUGAAGGGGUCGGGUGUGUGGUCAUUGCGCCACUUUCCUAAAAAGGAAAGGAUCCUAGCUCAUGUGGUUUUUGAAAAAAAAUGGGUUUAAAGGAAGGCGCACGUGUCAGGGGUUGCCACCUGGACGAUGGAGGUGUAAGUGCCGCCCUUCAGCGUGAGAAGGGAGCAGCAGCAGCAGCAGCAGCAGGAGGAGGAGGAGGGGGAGGAGGAGGAGGAGGAGGAGGAGGAAUGAUCACACAGGGAAAGAGAAGAGAGAGCGGCGCCAUCUUCAGAAACCUAGCAGGAGCUAACAUCCCGCGUCCGGAGAAGCCCAAUCCCAAUCCCAAUGCCAAUCCCAAUCCCAAUCUCAAUCUCAAUCCCAAUCCCGAUCCCGAUCCCAAUCCCCGCCCAGGAGGCCAUGCAAGUGCGCAAGAGGAGGAGUUAUGGGCCCUCAGGAAGGAAUGCGGGCUUCUCCGGGCCAUGGCCGAGGAAAGAGAGCGGGAGCUGUCCACACUGAGGCCUCUUGUCGAAGCAUUGGCGCGCAGCGAUUCAGAGACAGUAGACGUGCGAGAUGCCAAGAUUGUCGAGCUGUCCAAGAAGAAUCGGACACUGAACCUCUCGUUCGAGAGGGAGCGGACGCGGGCGGACAAGCUCAAGGCCCAAGUGCAGGCAUUGCAGCGCCAGCUGGCCGAUGAGAAGGAGAACGUGGCUGGAUUGAUUACUGCAGUGGCACAAGAAGGAGAAGGAGGAGGAGGAGGAGGAGGGGGAGGAGGAAGAAGGAGCGUGAUUAUGACUGUGGAACAACAGGAAGGUCUGCAUAAAGCCGCCGCGGAGUGGAGGGAGAAGUUCUCUCAGUCUGAGAGUCGAUUAGCUGAGGCUCAGGCGGGGCUGCUGCAAGCCCGGGUGGAGGUGGGGAGACUGCAGAGAGCCCUCCAGAAGGAGGUGGGUGAUGAUACCCCCCUAGUAAAGGUGCUUGAUGAGGGCGCAGACCCCCCUUGGAGGGGGCGGGCGCAGCAGAUCAGCUUGUUGAAAGACAAGCUCAGAGAGCUCAAGCUCAAGCUCAAAGAGGCCAGAACUCUCUUCCCUUCCCCGCCGCCCGGUUCGACGGGCAUCACGAUGGGGAGCAGCAGCCCAUUCACCUCCUCCUCCUCCUCCUCCUCCUCCUCCUCCCUCUCCUCCUCUUUUCUUCUGGAAGAUUGCAGCAACAACGGUCAGUGUCAGUCCAGCUUGGGCGAUGAGGAUCGAGGGCUGACGGCAAUGCCUCCUCCGCCUCCGACUGGGAUCCCGACUUCGUUUGAUGAACUGCAUAGGUCUCAUCUGGAGGCGAUGGACAAGUCGAGGAGAAAGAACUUCGAUGCCGUAGUGACGGAAGCGGCGGUAAUGCGCGCCGAGCUGAGCACGGUCAGGCAGAAACACGAGGGUGCGCUUGCACGCAAGGCGGUGCUGGAGGCGGAGGUGCGGAAGCUCAAGGAGAAGACGUUGGUUCUUCUUAACAAGACGGAGAAUGAUGAUCGUUUGAUUGCCCUGCUGAGGGCGGAGAUUGAGAAGAAAGCCAAUGCCGCUGCUGCAGCAGCAGCAGCAGCAACAGCAGCAGCAGGAGGAGGAGGAGGAGGAGGAGGAGGAACGCAGAUGAUGUGCUCGACGUGUCAGGUCAGAGAGCAGACGCGAGUUGCUGCCGAUGCCAAGCUGGCUGCAGCAUACAGCGAACUUAGACACAAAUGCCGUAUGCAGGAGAAGGAGAUACAGAGGAAAGAGAGGACGAUUCAAGCCUUGGUGAUGAAAACAACUGGCAGUUGCGUUUCAGCUAAUCCUGGUUCAAAAGGGGAGGAGGAGGAGGAGGAGGAGGAGGAGGAGACAUGCCCGCCGUAGCUAUGAACUUCAAAUUUGAGUUGCAGCCAAUCAUGGCUCGAAGGAGGAGGAGGAGGAGGAGGAGGAGGGGGAGGAGGAGAAGGAGGAGGGUGAGGAGAAGGAGGAGGAGGAGGAGGAGGAGGAGGAGGAGGAGCCAUGCCCGCCAUAGCUAUGCAGCCAAUCAUGGCUCGAAGAAGGGGGAAGAGGAGGAUGAGGAUGAGGAGGAGGAAGAGGAGGAGGAGGAGGAGGAGGAGGAGGAGGAAGANGAGGAGGAGGAGGAGGAGGAGGAGGAGGAGGAGGAGGCGUGCCCACCAUAUCCAUGAG